GUUAUAAACAAUCGGAGUCACUUUAAUUAGUUAUUUCAAAAAUGCUGGUAGCAAUAUUUGUUGUUUGCUUUCUGAUUCUGUACGUUAACAUUAAAAAAAUAAAUAAGAAAUGGAGAGAUUUUUACAACAUACCAGGACCCAAGGGACAUCCCAUCAUAGCAAAUUCUUUGUUGCUGCUAGGAAUAAGUAAAGAACAACUAUUUAAAGAUAUGCGAAAAAGAGGUUUGGAAUAUUACCCGAUUUAUAAAUUGUCCUUUGGAACAAUCAGACAUGUUUACUUGUUUUCCCCGGAGGAUUUUGAGCUGGUAAUGUCCAGCAUGAAACACAUAACCAAAAAUGAGGUUUACACAUUUUUACAUGGAUGGUUGGGCACAGGGUUACUUACAAGCGAUGGAUCAAAAUGGCAAACCAGAAGAAAAAUUUUAACACCAGCGUUUCAUUUCACCAUCCUACAAGAUUUUUUGAAUAUCUUCAACGAAGAAACAAAAACUUUGGUGCAAAAUCUCUCAAAAUUAUCCAAUGUAUCCAACUGUAUAGACGUCAAAGUUCCUAUAACUGAGUUCACACUUGGUACUGUAGCUGAGACAGCAAUGGGUAUAAAUCUUAAUAAAAAUGGGGGUAUAGAGCAAGAUUACUACAAAAAUGCAAUAUACGAUUAUGGAGAUUUGAUGAUGCAUAGAAUGACACGUCCAUGGCAUUACAACCAUUUCAUUUAUGGUUUGAGCCAAACAUGUAGAAAUGAAAAAAAAGCCACAACAAUUUUACACUCCUUUACAAACAAAGUGAUAGAAAGCCGGAAAAAACAAUUUCAAGAGCAGGAACAUGCGGAAAAAUCUUAUUCUACAAAGAAAAGGUUGGCUAUGUUGGAUUUAUUAUUGAGUUAUCAAAGAGAUGGGGCGGAUAUUACUGAUGAUGGUAUAAGAGAGGAAGUUGAUACAUUUAUGUUUGAGGGCCAUGAUACAACUUCGAUAGCCCUUUGUUUUCUACUAAUGAUGCUAGCAAACGAAGAAUACCACCAAAACCUAGUCUACGAAGAAAUAAUGGAAGUUCUGGGAGACCGGACUCCAGAUUAUAACGACUUAAACAACCUUAACUACAUGGAACGAUGCAUCAAGGAGUGCUUGAGGCUGUAUCCGAGCGUGCCUAUGAUUGGCCGUGUGGCUGGCGAGGAAAUACAAACACAUUCCGGCUACAAAAUCCCGAAAGAUUGCCAAAUACAAUUGAAUAUCUUGGACAUGCACAGGAAUCCUAAUGUAUACGAUAAUCCGGAAAAAUUCGAUCCCGACAGGUUUUUGCCGGAGAAUUCCAGAAGCAGGCAUCCUUUUGCUUAUAUUCCGUUCAGUGCCGGACCUAGGAACUGCAUUGGCCAAAGAUUCGCUAUGAUGGAGUUAAAAAGCACCCUGUGUGGGGUUUUAAGGAAGUUUAAAUUAGAAGCAGUUGACACCCCUGAGGAUUUGACGUUUUUACCAGAUUUGGUGCUAAGGACAAAUGGCCCUAUUAGAGUCAAAUUUAUCCAAAGAAAUUAAUAAAUUAAUAAUAAAUGUUUAAGAAGAAUUUGGUUAUUGUUCACAUUUAUUUUAAUGCAAAAUUUGUUUAAACUUAAUAAAUGUAGAAGGCACAAUAAGUUUAUUUAUUUAUUAAAUUAUUUUACUUUGC